AUGUCACAUGAUAUAAAUCUUAUGAAUAACGUCUAUAAAGGUUUAAGACCAAAUAUUCCAACACAUGUACCAAAGCCAAUUGCUGAAUUGAUCGUCAAGUGCUGGGAUGCUAAGCCAGAAAAUAGGCCAUCUUCCGAGAAAUUAUUUGAAAUUAUAAACCUUGAAAUAUUUUUGACGUCAUCACCGUCUCAUAUUGAUAUACAUUCUGAAGCAAUCUAUUCCAGAAGACGGUUCACUCCUUUAAGUGUUACGAGUUCUCAUAAAACAGUUAACUAUCAAGAUAAUCAAAAAAAGGAGAAUGUAGCUUAUGUUGAAAAAGAUGAUCGAAAUGUGUCAUCUCACAUCAAAAUACAGUUUGAUGAAAUAUUUACUAGAAGACAAUCCAAUCCUUUAAAUAUGAUUGGUUCUGAUAAAAAGAUUAAUCGAUCAGAUAAAGAGGAAAAUACCAAAAGCUUACUCGAUCUACAAGAUGUAAUUGAUAUUGAACAAGAUAAUCAAAAGACAUCGAUUCGUGUUGAAACACAUCCCAAAACAAUAUUUACUAAAAGACGACUAGUUUUUCUAAAAAUCAAAAAUUCUGGUGAAAAACCCAAUCACUCAGGUAAUAAUAUUUCUUUAGUGAAAUUGGCAUAA